CCAGUACUCCACUGAGCUUGAAUUUUCAAUUCAUAUAUACAAAAGUUACCUAUCUUCUUAGAGAAAAUAUAUUUUCCUAUAUUGGACUGAAUAAAAAGUAAUAUUUAGUGUGUUGCUCAAUGUUUCUAUGAUUAAAUGUAGUUCUUCUUCAUAAGAACAAUGUUUUUUCUUUGGCUAAGUAAUUGUGUGUUUAGAUUCUCUUACAAAUUAAAUACAACAAAAGCGUUUCCUUUAUACUUUCCUAAUAAACAAAAAGCAUUCUUUGUUUUUGGUAUAUAAGUAAUUAUUACUUCUAUUUAAGGCAAUUAGGCCUGCUAAGUCUUAUCUCACAAUAUUUCUCAUUAUUUUGGACCAAUUGAUUAACUUGCUUUCUUUUCUUUCUGUGGUCUACUCUUCUUUUUAGUAGCCAAUUUCAAGUAAAUGCUGAUAAACUGGUCCUGUAAUCAUCACUCUUCACUGACAUGCUGUAGAGUUUCCAAAACAACAUAAUUUUUUUUAAACAGGCGAUAAUAUUUGAAAAAUAUAUGGUUCAGACUUAAAACUCCUAAGAGUAUUUGACACUAAGUCAAAGUCUCACUUUCAAACACACUCUCUCCUCUGUUAUACUUAUCUGCACCUAGAAAUACUAGUACAAAAAUGGAAUCAAAACAGUCUUUGCAUUUAUUGUAAGCACACACAUAUAUUUAUUGUACAUUAUAUUGAUAGUGACUUUGGAGAAUAAUAAUCCAUCAUGGUCGUCCUCUUUCUUUUGAAAUAUGUACAUACAAAUGUGUGUAUUAUAUACACCCAAGAAAUUAAAAAAAAAUCAAAUUAAAUAUUAUUGAUUUUUUUUUCUUACAUAUAUAGCCAAAGAAUGCUGUCUUUCUGUGUAGACUUCUUACUCUUUAGGUACUUGUUUUAAGAGAUCACAAGAAACCAAAGUUUGGAUAGUUUCCUUUCACCUUUGUUUUUUCUCUAGUUGGAGUUUUCUUCUUCAUAUAGCUAUGGAUAUGUUUUCAUCUCGCAACUGGUCCUAUAGACCAAGCUCUUUGUCUGCUGAAGCAAGUGCUUCUUCUGGUAAUACUGUCAGUGCCAUCCAAGAUUUUAAUGGCUUGAACAAUGUCAUCUCUAGUCGUCUAUGUACACACACAGAGACUCAGAAGACUAAGAAAAGAAGAGGCGUUCCUGGAAAUCCUGAUCCAGAUGCAGAGGUAGUUGCAUUAUCACCAAAGACACUUCUUGCAACAAACAGAUUCGUCUGUGAGAUAUGCAACAAAGGGUUUCAAAGAGAUCAGAAUCUACAGCUUCAUAGGAGAGGUCACAAUCUUCCAUGGAAACUGAAGCAGAAAAACACCAAAGAACAACAAAAGAAGAAAGUCUAUGUGUGCCCAGAUACAAAGUGUGUUCAUCAUCACCCAUCUAGGGCGCUUGGUGAUCUCACGGGGAUCAAGAAACACUUUUGCAGGAAACAUGGAGAGAAGAAAUGGAAAUGUGAGAAGUGUUCAAAGUUCUAUGCUGUUCAAUCUGACUGGAAAGCUCACACUAAGGUCUGUGGUACAAGAGAGUAUAGAUGUGACUGUGGCACUCUUUUUUCGAGGAAAGACAGUUUCAUAACGCAUAGAGCGUUCUGUGAUGCAUUAGCAGAAGAAAGUGCAAGAAUCAUCUCAACUCCUUCCACCAAUCUCACAAACCUAAGCCCUAGUUUCCAAGAUCGUCACUUUAUGCUCAACAAGUCUUCCUCUUCUUCCUUGCUCUUCACGUCACCACCUCCUUACGUGAACCCUGCACCACAUCCCUCCACCGCGGCAGCUCUUUCCGCGACAGCUCUCCUCCAAAAAGCGACCGCUCUCAGCUCCGGUCCUUUCGGCGGCGGAGGACAAACUCGGUCAGUUGGUCAUCACCGACCUUUGACGACGGUUAACGAGUUUCUUGGUGCUGACCGAGUUAUGAUGACGUCCUCGUCUUCGUCUGAGUACGACCAGCUUGUUGUUGACGGUUUGACUUCAACGUGGCAGAAAGCUGACCAUUUGACCAGAGACUUUCUUGGACUCACGGGUCAUGGAGUGCACGUUAGCGUCACACCCGGAGAUCUGCUAGAGUACGCAGGUGGAGUGUCGCUUCCUAUGUCAACGUACCUUACCGAAUCUCAUGAUCACGAGUCGUCCUCGUCGUUUCAGAAGGCUUACGAUCUGGGAUUCACUGGGCCCCAUAAUAUGUAAAAAGGGUUACACUGGAACCUACUUCCAUUGUUUUGUUGCUCUUUAAUGAAAUUAAUUACCAUCGGGAACAUAAACACAAAGACAAAGAGCAUAUGAGCAUUUCUUUCUGGUUACUUUUCUAGGGUUUGUUUAUUUCUUU